GCGAGCGUUCGAGGAGUCCAAAACCAAUCAGAAAUCGAAGCAAAAUGCGAGCUGUUUACGGCUUAUUGCUAAGCAAUGGAUUUGAUCACAGCAUGGUGCUCCAGAAUCACAAUACCGUUGUGGCCCGCUCCACAUUGACGCCGAACAGCAGCAGCCAGAACUUUGGCACACAUUCGAAUCCCGGCGGACAGUCGCCGUUGGGUGCCGGACGUGUGCCGCUUCGUGCUGCGCCGGGCAAUCAGCGUCCCAUAAUCGAUUUACUGGUGGCAAUGGUCGCGGUGCCGGUACUAAUCAUGUGCGCCCUGCAGCUCGAGAAGAAUCUGCACCACAUGCAGGAGAGCCCCGACUCACGCUGGUUGGUCUUUGCCCUCGGCAUUAUGAUGCUGGUGAUCAGCGUCAUCAUCUGUGGCUAUGUCACACAUCGCAUGGGCGUCUGCAUUUGGGCCGGGCCCAUCGAUGACGCCGGCAAUCGUGUCAGCAGUAGUACACUGCAUCACAUCAAUUCGCAGAAUGAUGUGCUACGCAUUGUGGACACAAUGCCGCCGAGCUACGACAGUGUUGUUAAAUGUGAUCUACCCCCGCCGCCCUACUCCGACUGCAUUGUGAUCGAUGUGGAUCAGCGCAAGGAUAUGCAGCCGCAGACAUCCGCCAAGGAUCGGCUCAUCCCUCCAGCGGCAUCCGGUUCCGUUUCCCUGCCAGGCGUAACGCUGCACAUCUGAAUAUAUAUAUAUAUAUAUAUAUAUAUAUACAAACAGUGGCGCUACCAUCAAAUUGAGAAGAGGAGAGAGAAAAAAAGAGAUUUUUCGCUUGCCGCAUUAAAUUUGACUAGAAAAUGGAAUUUGUACUUCACCAAAUUAACGGUGGCUUUUGGCUAUUAACUAAUCAGUUGGCGUCGUAUUUACUUCGAUUUAAGAUCUUAGAGUAUUCUUAACUAUAGCGCAUUCUCUUUACAACUACAAAUGUAAAUCUGCUUUUUUUUUUAACGUCUUUUUGUUUUUUUUUUGUUUUUUUGUUAAUUGGUCUAUGCAGCAUUGUAAAUAUUCUUAAACAGCAUCUAGUCCAAAGUUGUACAUAAUCUACGAAAAAAAACAAAAACAAAAAAUAGACCAAUAUUUAGGAAAAUGCGCAUUAUACGUUUGGUAUUUACUAGUUAUUUAAAUAUGCCAAUAUUGCAAUGACCAAAGGGGGUUCAACCACGGGUAGCUGACUGGCUGGCUGGCUGGCUGACUGGUUGGCUGGGGGGAGGGGGGAGGGGAUUGCAUAGCAGUUAGCAAUUAUGGAUUACCACAUAGUCUAUAGUCGUGUAUUUAUAUACUUACACACAUAUACACCUAUACAAUACAUACAUAUUUGUACAUAAACGUAUGCAUUACUCAUCGAUAUCAAUUACGAUUAGCUGCUUUCCAAAAUAAAGAAUUCCUAUUAAUAUUAA